UUGAAGUCUGUGGCUUUGAAGAGCUUCUUAAAUUCUGACCUGAAUUUUAUUAAAUGAAAUGAUAUUUGAUGUAAAUAAUAAUGUAAGAUGUCAGUCGUAUAUGAGUGACAGAUAAAAGCAUUAGAGAGAUGAACCCAUAUAAUCGCGUGUGAUGUGUUUAAUGUUUCUCAGUGGUAUCGGCCUCUUCCUUCCUCUUUUUAAAACACAUAUAUCACAUGACUGUGAGGUCUGAAUGUGUGUAAAUUAAACAUAAACACGCACACAGAAGUUUAUUUUAGCUGCAGAAGGGCACUCGUCAGUGUCUUUGAACAUUUAUUUCAUCUCUGUGUCUCAGUGCUGUAGUAAAAACAUGAAUUUAAACUAUUACAGUAUCAGACUACAACAUAACUAAAUGUAUAAAAGUAAAGAGGGUCUGAAUAUUCUGAAUGCUCUGUAUAAUGAUGUGUGAUGUGUUUCAAGACUCUCAACAGUAGCAUCAUCUUACUUCCUGUUACUAAAAUAUAUAAAGACAUACAGAAGAUUAUUAACAGAGUUUGAGAUCACUUCACUUCAGAAGAGCACUUGUUUGUUUAGUUUAUUUAUCACUUUAGUAAAACAUUUAUUGGAUUUUUAUGAAUUUGUCAUUUCAGAUUUCUGGACUGAACCCGCUUGAGAAAAUGUUUUACAGAUUUCUGUUCUGUCUGUUGUUGUGCCGUCUGAUUGGUGUGUUUGGUGAUGAAGUGAAGUCAGUGUCAGUGAUGGAGGGAGAUUCUGUUACUCUACACAGUAAUAUUACUGAAAUAAAGAGACGUGAUGAGAUAGAGUGGAUGUUUGUAACUGGGGAGGUUUACAUCGCUAGAAUUGUAAAAAUGUUCAAUUAUGUCAGAAUAUAUGCUGAUGAUCUUGAUGGGAGAUUCAGAGACAGACUGCAGGUGAAUAAUCAGACUGGAGAUCUCACCAUCACAAAUAUCACAACUCAACACACUGGACUUUAUCAACUAGAGAUCAGAAUGAACAGAUGGAUUUCAUACAGAUUCAAUGUUACUGUCUAUGUUCGUCUGCCCGCUCCCGUCAUCACCAGAGACUCAUCAUCAGUCUCAAAAUGUGUGUUGAUGUGUUCUGUGUUCAAUGUGAGAGAUGUGAGAGAUGUGAGUCUGUCCUGGUACAAAGGAAACAGUUUAUUGUCCAGCAUCAGUGUGUCUGAUCUCAACAUCAGCAGCAUCUCUCUUCAUCUGGAGUGUCUGGAUGAUUCUUACAGCUGUGUGGUGAACAAUCCCAUCAGUAAUCAAACUCAACAUCUCAACAUCACUGAUGUCUGUCAGCCGUGUUCAGAGUCUGUCAGCUGUUGUGAUACUACUGAAGCUGUGAUCCGAUUGGUCAGCUCUGCUCUGGUGGGCGUGGCUGCUGUCGCUGCUUGUGUUGUUUUGAUUUAUGACAUCAGAUCCAGAAGAGAUGAACAGAAGAGACGAUCAUAGUCAACAGCAUCAGAUUCUCACUCAUCAAUCACAUUUGAAAGACUCAAAUCCAGGUUUUUAGAGAUAAAUCCAAAACUAAUGGCCAAAAUUUUAAAUUAUCUUAUUUUCUUACUUUCUCUUUGUAAUUCUUUUUAAAAAUAAUAAAAAUCAUUCUUGUUCAUGGAUUUUAAGGGACUUUAUAAAACACUUCUUGAUUCUGAUUGGUUGAGUUGUGGUUAAAGUCUUACGUCACACAUCUUUCUUUUGAUGUACACAAUACUGCUAAAGCUCCUCUAGUGUCUGAACAUCAAAACAUAUUCAGCUUUUUUAUGCAACAAGUACAGAAUAUCUACUGUAUGCACUUACAUGUACACUUAAAACAAACCAUGCUUUUAUAUUCUUAAAUAUUAAAUAUUUUGAUAUAGAAAAUAUAUUAAUAAAAAUACAGUCUAAACAUAUGAUGUGGGUGUCAUGAUCCUGUCAGCUUUGGAUGUCUUUUACUUGUUAUGUGUGACAGGGUCAUGGCAGCCUCACUGUUGUCUUGUUUUCUAGUGGAGAGUCACUUGGCUUGUGUUUUUGUGUGCAUCAUCCUUUCCUGUUCCCAGUCUAGCCCCGCCCCUGUGUCCCUGUUUAUUAUUCAUUAUUAGUUUACGCACUUCACCUGUGUGUCCUCGUUCCCUAGUUAUUCCCUAUUAAAAGCCAUUGUUUUUGAUGUUUUGUGUCUGGUCAUUGUGUGUGUCCCAUCCGACAUCAUCAUGGGCCCUGUUUUGUUUUGCACUGUCUUUUUUUGCCCUGUAUCAUGUAAUCUGGGUCUCCAUUUAUGGUGUAAUACAAGUACUGAUUUUCUCCCACUGUGCAAUGUGAAGUCGAAACAAUGUCUUUUGCAUAUCCUAGGGGGUUUUGGCUUAACCUAGCUCCCUCAAAUACGUUACAUUAUUACUAUGCUGCUUAUGUUUACGAUUUUUCUGUGUUUUCUCCUGCAUCUAUUAAU